UCAACCGUCGUCACCUUCUCUUCCCCUUCCCCGCCCCUCCUCGGACCCGGGGCCGCGAUGGCAGCGACGUGGGAAGAGAUUCUGAAGCUGUCCCAGCAGUUUCAGUCCGCCCAGUUCGCCCAGGCGUCGCAGAGGCUGUCGGAACGUAAUUGCAUAGAGAUCGUUUCUAAGUUAAUUGCUGAAAAACAGCUGGAAGUAGUGCAUACUCUUGAUGGAAAAGAGUAUAUUACUCCUGCACAGAUUAGCAGAGAGAUACGCGAUGAACUUCAUGUUCGUGGUGGUCGUGUAAACAUUGUUGAUUUGCAACAGGUAGUAAACGUAGAUCUGCUCCAUAUUGAAAAUCGUGCUAAUGACAUUGUGAAAUCAGACCGGACAGUUCAACUAGUUCUGGGACAACUUCUAGAUGAGUGUUAUCUAGAUCAGAUAGCGGAAGAAACAAAUGACAAGUUACAGGAAUCUGGCCAAGUGAAAAUAUCUGACUUGUGCAAGGCAUAUGACCUUCCAGGAGACUUCUUGAAGCAGGUAUUUUCCAUCCGUCUGGGCAAAAUUAUCCAUGGCCAGAUUGAUCAGGACAACCGAGGGGUGAUUUUCACAGAGGCAUUUGUUACACGCCAUCGAGCCCGAAUUCGCGGCCUCUUCCGUGCCAUUACUCGACCUACACCAAUAAUUAACCUAAUCACUCGGCAUGGAUUUCAGGAGCAUCUUCUUUACUCUGUGCUGGAAGAACUUGUCAAUACUGGGCGUCUGAAAGGCACAGUGGUUGGUGGAAGACAAGAUAAGGCUGUGUUUAUCCCUGACAUUUAUGCCAAGACUCAGAGCAACUGGGUGGAUUCGUUUUUCAAGCAAAAUGGUUAUUUAGAAUUUGAUGCGUUGUCCAGACUUGGCAUCCCAGACCCAGUGAACUACAUAAAGAAAAGAUACAAGUCCUUGCAGCUCUUGUUUCUGAAAGCAUCUUGUGUUGGUCAGGAAAUGGUGGAUCAGGUGGAGGCCUCCGUGGAUGAAGCCAUCAGCUCUGGAACAUGGGUGGAUAUAGUGCCUCUGCUUCCAAGUUCAUUAUCUGUUGAAGACGCCAGCAUGUUGCUUCAGCAAGUGAUGAGAUCCUUCAGCAAACAACCUUCAACUUUGGUCUUUGGUGACACUAAUGUAGUCAGUGAAAAAUUUAUCAACAGCUGUGCUGAUUUGUUUACUGAUCUUAUGCACCAGAAAGCUGAAAAGGAAAUGAAAAAUAACCCUGUACACUUAAUCACAGAAGAGGACCUGAAACAGUCUGCUCUUACGGAAAAUAUAUCUUCAAGUAAAAAAGAUAAAAAGGAUGAAAGAAGGAAGAAAGCAACAGAGGGCACUGGAAGUGUGAGAGGUGGCGGUGGUGGUGGAAAUGCCAGAGAAAUCAAGAUUAAGAAAAGCAAGAAAAAGGGAAGGAAGGAUGCUGACAGCGAUGAGGAAUCACAACCAGGUGGCACAAGUUUCAAGCACCUCGAGAUCCCUUUUAUGUCACUGGAAGAGAUUGAGGAUGUUUUAAGAAAACAUGUAAGGGACUGUCCUGAAGAGCUUAUAACAGAACUCGUCGAUCAUCUAAUAAGGCCCUUAACGAAAAGGUACCAGGAAGUGCUGCGUUCUGUAUUUAUGUCUUCAACUUCUACUACUUCGGGAGCAAGUAGGAAAAGGACCAUCAAGGACUUGCAGGAAGAGGUUUCCAACUUGUAUAAUAAUAUCCGGUUAUUUGAAAAAGGAGCAAAGCAUUUUACAGAUGAGACACAAAGUAACAUUGCCAAACACAUGCUGAAGACAGUUUGUACAGACAUCACCAAUCUUAUUUUCAACUUCUUAGCUGCUGAUCUAAUGAUGGCAGCAGAAGACUACACUGCCAUUACAACUGAGAUGAGGAAAAAGAUUUUAAGUACAUUACCGGAAGAGACAAGAGGUCCUUUAACAAAACUCCACGUUUCUAUAAAUGGCAAGAGUCUAGAAGAGUUUGUUUCCUGCCUUGAUGCUGCUGCAGAAGCCUGUGAUAUUAUGGUGAAAAAGGGAGAUAAGAAGAAAGAAAGGCAAAUCCUGUUCCAACAUAGACAAGCUCUGAUUGAACACCUGAAAGUCACAGAAGAUCCAGCUCUUGUUCUCCACCUGACAUCAGUCUUGCUGUUCCAGUUCUCAACGCACUGUAUGCUUCAUGCACCAGGACGAUGUGUGCCACAGAUCAUUACUUUCUUAAGUACAAAGAUCCCAGAGGAUCAGCAUUCUCUUCUUGUCAAAUACCAAGGGUUAGUAGUGAAACAGCUGAUAAGUCAAAAUAAGAAAAUUGGGCAAGGCGAUGACGAUUCAGUGGAUAAUAACGUAGAUGCAGAAGAAAGCAUAGAAGCGAUCCGAAAAGAACUCCAAGAACUGUCUGGUGCCAUCAAAGAUGUUGUUCUGAGGCCCAGAAAAUCUUCUGUAACAGAGGAAUGAAUGUCUUAAUAAAACUCCUUCAGGAUUUUCAAA